GUGUGCUCUAUGCCCUGUCAACAUGGGUUGCCGACAAUGCAACCUAGCUUCUUUGCUCAAUCAAACUUGGAUUAUUGACAUCAAUAGAUAUAUUCAUGUUUAUACUGGUCCCAUGGUUUGCAUUCUAUUAUGUACUUUACAUGGCCAGAGAAAACCAGAGUAGCAAAGAAUACUGAGCCUGAAAGAGGUUACUGAUUUGGUCAAGUAUGCAGAUCGUGGCAGGGAUAUAGGACUAUAGAUUAAGCAUGAUCUGGUGGAUUCAUGCAAUACUGGGAAGGAAGAUGAAAUUCAAGAUUGGAAGUAAAAAAGCUUGUAGAUGAUGAGGACCACCAUGACAACCAGUUUGUUGCUUGUGAAGCUACCAUGCUCUUCUACAGUUGGCUGGUAAAUAGUUUAUCGAGAUGGCAUAUUUUAUUUGUUAUCAAAAGUCGACAAACUUGAGAUGUUUUCAAGGGAUAUGUGAGCCAAGAUCAUUCAAUAUAUAUGGGCCACUGGUUGAAGGAAUCAAGGGAUGCCUCCAGGACUUUGAGGACCAUGCGCUGCUGGCGGUCUGACGUACAGCUAAUGAGGUAGCACAUGCAUUAGCAAAGGAGAGCUGGAAUAAUUACUUGGCUUCAUGUUUCACUGGAGUGUAUUAUGAACUUGCUAGACAAGGAGUGUAAUCACAGUGCAUAAUUUAAUAUAAGCAGCUAAUUCUCAAACAAAAAAGAAGUUAGAGAGACAUUUUUAUAGUUCAAGUUGGCCACUGCUCUUCUUUGCUUGGAUAACCAGAUGUAUUAAGUAGUCUAUUUUCUAUGCUUAUCUUUUUAUAUUGUAACUGUGCCUACCUUGCUGCAGGCCGAUCACUAAAAGAAUCUGAGUAAUUUCUAACUAAUAUAAACAUGUGCCCAUUGGUGGGCUGAGGUUCUUAUUACUUGCCUUCAAUUGCUAUUUGUUCCUCUAUGCUUUAAAGUUUUACUCCCUCCGUUCCGAAUUACUUGUCUUAGAUUUGUCUAGAUACAGAGGUAUCUAGCACUAAAAUGAGUCUAGAUACAUCCGUAUCUAGACAAAUCCAAGACAAGUAAUUCGGAACGGAGGGAGUAGAUGACAAGUUCAUAGCAUGGGUGUCAUGUUUACUUGCAGGUUUAAAGUGCUAAUGGUACUGAGGAUGUAUGCAGUACAGGCGAUAGGCGGAUCAGGUCUGGAGAUACCAAAUGACUACCACAUUCAGGAUUGGUUGGAGGGAUUAGUUGUCAAAGAUAGAAGAUUUGGGGCGGUUUGAGUUUAGAUGCCGUCGUGCCUAGUGUAGAUCAAGCAUGGUGUACAUGCUGCAUAUAACGGAGAAAGGUAAUGAAUCCUCCAUUUGUUAACCACUUUUAGGUUCAGUCCUCAUACUUCCCCAAUUGAACACAUGUCCAUGUUUGAGUACUAAGUGCACUUCAAAACAAUUUUCAUGCAAAUAAAGCUGCUAUUUUGGCCCUUCAUCAUUGUAUCACUUCUGUACCACAUAAAGAUUUUCAAGUGCCAUAGUGCGCAAACAUGUCCAGUUGUGAUCUUUUCCAGAAUUUUUUUAAAUGCCAUUUUUUUGGCAUAAUGUCCUUGUACUAGCAAAUGGAACAAGAAAGUCACAUCGUUCCUAUAUGAUUAGGACAACAUCUACUUGUCCUUUAUUGUUGGAGACAAUUCGGUGAUACCAAGGAGAGGGUUUAGCAGAGCAACAUCAUACCUACAAUGAUUCCAUUCCAUUCAUUAGAGGAAGCGCAUUCCCAUUGUCCAUUGUCAUCACCAUGGCUGUCCCUCGUAUCUUCCCCGACCUUCCUUUAGUGGCACACCACGACAGGAACCGCUCUGCCAUGCAGGAUCACCUGGCACUCCCCAAUAUCGCGCAUAUCCUCAUGGAGGAGGAUGAUGACAUUGACGAAGACAACCCUGCACUCCUCAAAGCCCAGCGACCCUUUGCCCAAAUCCUCUCUUCCAGCAUGCAUGCCUCCACCUUAAUGGCAGACCAAGGUGGCGCCUUGGCCAGCGACAUGCACUCUCCCAGCUCGGGCAUCUUGAAGUUCAAGGGUGUUGAUGAGGUUCGCAGCUUGCUGUUGCUCGCCAAUGGAGAGUUCAGCACUGACAUCUUUAGCACUGCUUUCCUCAAGGGCAUGGAAGAGGCGAAGAAGUUCUUGCCCACAAACAGUGAGCUGACGACCACCGGUGAGCAGGACCAACCGAUGGAGAAAAGCAGCAGGGGCCGCAAGGACUGGAGCGACGAGGUGGAGGCUGAUGUCAGUAGGACGGACAGAUUGGUCGAAGCUGGUGCCUGCGAGGUCUUUGACUUCAAUCAAAUGUGCAGUUCCAUGGACAAUGAGACUGGGAACAGUAACAAGAAGGGGAGAAAGAGCAAGGCACGGGUGAUUGACCUGCACACGCUGCUGAUCCACUGUGCCAAGGCGGUGAUGGAUGACCGCCGGAGGGCAGGUGAGUUGCUCAAGGAGAUCCAGCAGCAUGCCUCACCCACUGGUGACGCCACACAGCGGCUUGCCUACUGGUUCGCUGAGGGGCUGGAGGCACGGCUCACUGGCACAGGCAGCCAAGUGUAUGGGACGCUUACGGCAAAGGGCACCUCUGCUGUGGCGCACUCAGAGGCUUACCAAGAAUUCAUUUCAGCAUGCUGCUUCAGGAAUGUAUCCUUCUUGUUCGCCAACAGGGCCAUCUUCAAUGCGGCAGUGGGGAGGAGCAGGUUGCACAUUGUUGAUUAUGGCUUUCGUUAUGGAUUCCAGUGGUCAGAACUGCUGCGCUGGCUGGCAGCAAGGGAUGGUGGCCCGCCAGAGGUCAGGAUUACGCACAUUGACCUCCCACAGCCCGGAUUCCACCCAGAAAAACAUAUGAAGGAGAUCGAUUGUCGGCUGACUGACAUUGCCCGGGAGCUUGGUGUGUCGUUCAAGUACCGUGCCAUCUUGGCGCAGUGGCAGACCGUUUCCAUCGAGGACCUGGACCUGGACCUGGGACCUGAUGAGGUGCUUGCUGUGAAUGACCUGUACAAUUUCAGGACCUUAAUGGAUGAGAGUGUCGUCAUAGGCAGCCCGAACCCCAGGGAUACUGUCCUCAGCAACAUCAGCAAGAUGAAACCGGACGUGUUUGUCCAAAGCACCGUAAAUGGCUCCUAUGGCACCUUCUUCUUGUCACGGUUCCGCGAGGCCCUCUUCUUUUACUCUGCACUGUUUGACAUGCUUGAUGCAACCAUGCCAAGGGAGAACAAACUGCGGCUGGCGCUGGAGCGCAACAUCUUUGGGUGAGUUGUCCUGAAUGCCAUUGCAUAUGAGGGAAAGGACCGGGUGGAGCGUUGUGAGACCUAUAAGCAUUGGCAAGUCAGAAACCAACGUGCAGGCCUGAGGCAGCUGCCACUGGACAGAGAAACUGUUAAGAUGGCUAGGGACAUGGUAAAGAACAAAUACCACAAGGACUUUCUCAUCGACGAGGACCACCACUGUCUGCUGCAAGGAUGGAAGGGCCGCAUCCUCUUGGCUCACUCAACAUGGGAGGCAGAUGGUGCUAGCUCCCACUGUCAACUAUUUUUCUCCUUCCUGCACUUGAACAGAAGCAGAUAUGGUAUUAAUACUGUACCGUUUGUGGUGUGGUUUAUGCUCUCAAGCUGAACGAUGCAUUUUGACUCGUCCAAUAUCUAUCGGACUGCUUGAAGUAUUUCAGAGAAUGCCUGCAUUUUCUUUUCUCUUUUCUUGUACCCAACUGUACAAGGCAAAUAUAUAUUUAGAGUUGUGCAUUGUCUGGGUGAUGGCUACUAGCCUACUAUACAUGAUCCAGUAAAUUUGAACUA